AUGGUAUCAGGCUAUGUGAAACUCUUGACAGCUAUCGGGACAGCUGUUAUUAACCAUAUCUGGGGCGACAGUGACAAACCCGGUUCAAUCCAUGUUAAGCUAACAGAGGCAAAUGGCAGAGUCGCCGCAGAGCCCAUUGAAGUCAUGGUAGAUGUACCGACGCACCUGGCUGCGGAGUUUGAGAGAGAUCCCAAGAGAAUAGCAUCUAUUCUGCACGAUCUCCCCAGAUUGGAUGGAUUGGAAUGGAACUAUGACCCACCCAAGUCCCAUGCUAACCUCUCCCGCUUACACUGGUUCGACGUCAACGUCAAACAGAGAGGGCAAUGGCAACUGUGCGAAAUCGACAUCGAUGCGCACAAGAGGUAUAUUGGGCCUGGGGUGAUGCGCUUCUCGAGGCGGUUCUUUCACCUCUUGGGGUUUAGAUUCAGAGUUCUUGUGCAGAGGUUGUUGUACCUCUUCUCCUUGACUCUUCGUCCAUUUUCAGCCUUCGCGCACUAUGCUUCUGUGUUGCGUUCCCACGUCUGCUACUAA